UCUUCCUCCUCCUCCUCCUCCCCCUCCCUCCCGAGUAGCUCCGGCGGCCAUGGACGCGGAGUUCGUGCUCCGGUCGGGCGUGCGCUCGGGGCUCAAGCGGGAGUUCGCCUUCGCAAUCGCCUCCCAGGCCGCCCUCGCCCCCUCCCGAGGCCGCACCCGCUCCACCACCACCACCACCACAUCCACAUCCACUUCGGCCUUCCUCUCCCCUGCCCCCGCCAAGGAGCCCAAGAGCAGGCCCUCCAAGCGCCCGCGCCCCCACCCCCGGGAUCCCGGAGCUAUCUCGCCGGAUCCACUGGAGCAGCCCCCCGCGGCGCUCCCGCCGGAUCCGCCGCUGCUUGAGAAACCCCCCGCCGACGAGACCCCGGUGCUCGCCCUGUUCGCGUCCCCGCACGGCAAGACCGAGCCCCCGCAGCAGCAGUUGCAGGAUACGGAGGACUUCUUCAUCCCGCCGGAGACGCCGCCCCGCCGGGUCACUCGCUCCAUGCUCGCUACCAAGUCCCUUCCCCCAGCCCCCUCCACCAGGUCCAAACUGGAGCCCCACCAGCCCCAAACGGGAGCUGCCGGGGCAGGGCCUGCAAGCGCGCCGCGUCGCUUCACCAGGUCGCUCUUGGUCAAGCACAACCCGCCCGCUGACGACCAAGACGAGUCAGGAACCACAACCGCCAGCAGCGGCGGCUCCCCCUCGCAUUCCCACAACCUCUGUGGCGGCAAGAGCGCCGAGCCCAAGGCGUCCAGCAGCAAGGCGGGCGGGUUGGAGGGGAUCCCCAAGAACCUCAAGGAGCUUCUCGCCACCGGCCUGCUCGACGGCCAGCGCGUCAAGUACAUCAUGAGGAAAGGGAAGGGAGCAGUACUUCGGGGAGUGAUUAAACACUCUGGCAUAUUGUGCUCCUGUGCUUUGUGUAAAGGCCAAAAUGUUGUUACACCCUACUAUUUCGAGGUGCAUGCUGGGAGUUUGAAGAAACGCCCAUCCGAUUACAUUUUCCUCGAAAGGGGAAACAAUAAUCUCUAUAGCAUAUUGAAGGCGUGUGCAGGUGCUACCUUGGACACGUUGGAAUCUGUGAUACGGGCUGCAAUUGGCUCAACAUCCCAGAAGAGGACAGUCAGAUGCAAAGCUUGCAAAAGUCCACUCACAACUCCUCACACUGGGAAGUUUGCUUCAUUGUGUGAUCCAUGUCUCAAGUCUAAGCGAGCUUGGAACAGUACAAGGUCACCAAAAGUUGGACGGACUCUAAAAUCUGCUAGGGUGCCUAAGAGUUUCUCCCCGGGAGCCAAUACUAUAACAAGCCCAGGAAGAAUUACAAAAAAGGACCACGGUUUCAAUAAGUUGGUUUUCAUGAGUGGUGUUCUACCAGAGGGCACUGAUGUUGGCUAUUAUAUUGGGGGGAAGAGGUUGCUGGAUGGGUACAUAAAGGAGCUCGGAAUCUACUGUCAUUGCUGCAAUUCAGUGGUUAGUCCUUCACAGUUUGAAGGUCACGCUGGCCGAGCUUCUCGACGCAAACCCUACCACAACAUAUACAUGUCCAAUGGUGUUUCAUUGCAUGAACUGGCGAUUUCACUUUCAAAAGGUCGGAAAACUUCAGACAGGCAGAGCGAUGACUUGUGCAGCAUCUGUUCAGAUGGCGGGGAGCUUCUCCUUUGUGACACCUGUCCAAGAGCUUUUCACAGAGAAUGUGUUGGCUUGUCUUCUGUACCCAGAGGAACUUGGUGUUGCCGGUAUUGCGAGGCUAGGGAACAGAGAGAAGGUGCAUUUGCGUACAACAACAAUGCAAGAGCCGCUGGGAAGAUUGAUGGAGUUGAUUCCAUCGAACAAAUAUUUACACGCUCGAUACGUAUCGCUACAACACCUCAGACUGCAUUUGGUGGAUGUGCAUUGUGCAAGCUCCAUGAAUUCGGCAAGAAGAAAUUUAGUGCCAGAACCGUGCUGCUCUGUGACCAAUGUGGGAGGGAAUACCAUGUUGGGUGCCUGAAAGAGCACGGCAUGGCUGAUCUGACGGCUUUGCCCAAGGGAGCAUGGUACUGUUCCACGGACUGUGUCAAGAUUUGGGAGGCACUGAAAGACCUCGUCAGUCGUGGAGCAGAAGCUGUUCUGGCGGCGGAUGCUGAUCUUAUAAAGAAGAAGCGCGAAGAGAAAGGUUUGAAUGAAGAGGGCGACCUCGAUGUGAGAUGGAGAGUUCUGAGGGAUAAGAGUUCAGAAGACAGUAAACUGGUCCUAUCCAAGGCUGUCGCAAUCUUCCAUGAAUCAUUUGAUCCUAUCAUCCAAGCCACGACCGGGAGAGACCUUAUCCCAGCCAUGGUUUACGGGAGGAGCGUAAGGGACCAAGACUACACAGGGAUGUACUGUGCCGUGUUAACUGUCGGCAAGACUGUUGUCUCCGCGGGUCUCUUCCGUGUGAUGGGCAUCGAAGCCGCAGAGCUGCCCUUGGUUGCCACCAGCAGGGAUAACCAAGGCCUGGGUUACUUCCAAGCGCUAUUCUCGUGCAUUGAGCGGCUGCUGGCGUCGCUGGGGGUGAAGCACUUUGUGCUGCCGGCGGCAGACGAGGCAGUGUCCAUCUGGACGCAGCGGUUCGGGUUUGCCAAGAUAACCCAGGACGAGCUGCUGGAGCGCCUGAAGGGCGGGCGCACAACGGUGUUCCAUGGCACGUCCACCCUGCACAAGCCGGUCCUGGGAACGGUGCCGGAAGACGGCUAGCGAGAGAAGCCAGCGCGCGUGGUUGCUUUUUUUUUGGAGGUGUGGUGGUAAGAGUAGGCGUUUUGGUUUUUAGUUUGGAUGGGUGCGCCGGACUUGUUGCGUUAGUGAUAGGUGGUGAUGGACUAGAUAGAAUGGGAGAAGACUGCUGUUGCUGCUGCUGUAUAUAUGGAGCGCAUGUGUGUCGUUGAAAUGCAAGGAACAUUUGUGAGAUGAAGAUGUGUGCCGUUGAAAUGAAGGGUUGUCAAUAUUGAUUUUGGUGAUGAAGAUGGAAAGCAGACAUACAGGAGCUCCGUGAAAUCUUCUUCAACAUGAUUUUGGUAUUUUAACAGCAA